UACAGGCCCAUUUAAAGUGUCCCACUCGUUUCCUAAACCCUAACCAACAUUGGUCACGCCGCCGCCGCCGCAUCGACGGCGGCGAUUCUCUUCGAAUGGCCACUCCGCCCUACGGCGGGUGCGCGGACAACUCGCAGGACUACUCCCCUGCGGCCACCGUCGUCUGCUUCGACCCUCCGCUCCCUCUCCUCCGCGCGCCCGUCCCUUCCCCCGCCCCCGGCGAGGGCCCCGUCCUCGCUUUCCGCGACGCCGCGAGCUGGCAAGCCGCCUGGGAGGCUGCCGAGGCCAGCCUCGUCUCCCAGUGCGAGGCUGGUGCACGAUCUGGGUGUUCAAUCACUGCAUCACGCAAAUGCAAGCCCGCGUGGUGGAAAGGUUUGUUUGGAGCUGCACCGACUGAUUAUCAAGAAAGAGAGAGAUGUGAGGAAAGAGAAAUGGCCGCUUGCCUAGAUGCAGCAAAGGAGGCUUGCGUCAAGUUUGCAAAGGAAAAGUGCAUUGCACCAUUCCGAGAUGCAAGGAUCGCUUCUGAGGGUCUCCUUGAAAACACAGAUUUCAUUGUCUUUGGUGCUAGGGGUAACAAAACAUCAUCAACAUCACUGUGUGCUCUGAACAACCGAUUCUCAUUCAAUCCUGGUCCCGGUGCCACAAACUACGAAGGAAGUGACUUGCUAGACAGCUUAGCAUCUAAUGACAAUAAUAAACCUGGGUGAUGACUGGGCAAAGAUAAUGUCGUAACUGAGGCCUGAGUGUGGUGAUUUCAUGCCAUGCAUGUUUUUUUUUUGCUACUGAAGUUGAAGUGGGUUCAAUGGCUACAUAUGGUGAACAAUUAAUUUAUGGAAAUGGGGGCAGAGGACAAAAGACUACAGUUCUGUGGGUUGACAGCAAGAGAAGGAAAUAUGGAGUGGAACUGUGGAAGCAAAGCCAUGACGUUUGGUUAUUGUACAUGUUGUGGUUUUUUUGGUCGCAGCUUGAAGAUCAACGAAGCAAUUUAGGACCUUUUAGGUAGUAGCCAAGGGUUCUCUUUUUAUGAGCACUUGUGUGCUCACUUUUACAGAUAAAGUCCACGGGUUGUACAUUGUAAUGUUGGCACCAGCUACAUCCUAAUUAAUUAAUUUAUUCCAAGCUCAUGAGAAAUUGAUUUUCUGGCAA